AUGAUGACAUCACUGAACACGGUCUAUUGUCGUUAUUUCAAUCACCUACAAAGGGAAAUCGAUCCGCCCUUCAAAACAGUCGUAUUUCCGGAGUUCACUGCACUCUGCCCUCAUCGUGGAGGAUCGAGGUACAUUUCGCUCACAGAUGCACCGACCGGGACGUACGAUUUUCCUCCGUGCUCUUGCAGAAGAAAAAUCGUCACAACUCACUAUUUCUCUGCUUGCCUAGCUCCUUUAUACGGUACAGAACCGAAGUGGUUAUUAUUAUCCGAGUUUUUGGAACACCAUAAGAUUCAGGGUGUGACAUAUUUCUACAUCUACAUAAAUAACUUAGACCAGUACAGCCGGACACUGUUAGAUGAUUACGUUCGUGCCGGAGAGGCCGAGGUCGUUACUCUUCGCGACCACUCCGAAAGAGAUGACAAGCAAUGGCAAUUACCUGAACUGCAGGUUAGUAUCGAUAGAUUCCUGAAAUCUAUCUCCUUUUCGAGUCACGACUUAUUUCAGAAUGACAAAUGCUUCGAAUUAUUGAACGAGCAGUCCGAGUACAUAAAGUUCACCCGGGAAAAACCGAGAGAAAAUUGGCUUCCGUUUUUGGACGUCCAAAUAAACCUAUCAAGUAGCGGUUACCUGACAAAGUGGUAUCGAAAGCCAAGUAACAAGAACAUCCUUGUCCAUUUCCUUUCUUCCCACCCUUCACAAACAAGGAGGGCACUUGUGAGAAACAUGUUUCGAACAGCCACCUCUGUGUGCACUACCAGGGAACUAAAGGAAGAAUCGCGCGACUUGGCUCGGAAAAUAGCCAUCUCCAAUGGCUACGAAAUAGCAACCCCACGAGAUAAGUUUACAAGGAGAACGACGCGCCCACGCGAAACACUUGGCCAAAAGAAAGUCCCGUUCAUGUUGCCUUUUAUAAGCGAUGAAGUAAGCGUAGCUAUAAAACGAUGCUUAAGAAGGGAAGGUUUAGAGGAAUCGGUAGCGAUAGUUGAAAUACCACCGGCUACUCUACGUCGCCAAUUAGUUCGCAACCGCCUGUAUGACCGUCUGUGUGAAACAANAGGGACGGUGAUUGCAUGA